UGAGUUCAAAUGACUCUAACCUAAUUCUAACUCGAUACUUUAUGAUUUGAAGAUUCUAUAACUCAAUCAAGUACCGAUUCAUUUUGGAGUGAAUUGAAUUAGGUUAUUUCAGGCUGGGUUGACUCGGUUAAUCAGGUUUAGUCCCAUUUUUGUGAACCCCAUAAAAAAAUGAUGAUUUGGGCCAGGCAUAUGUAAGGGGUGCGGCCCAAGUUAAUCGCAGGUGAACCAAUCACGUGCGAAGCACACGAGAACCACUGCUUCUACUACCUCCUUAAACCCUAAAAAAUAAAAACGUAAACGUAGGAAUAAACCCUAAUUCUGCUUUUGCCUCCAUUUUUUCGAGCAAAAAAAAAAAUGGGAGGAAGUGAUAGUGAAACAGAGAAAUCGGCACACAAGGAGAAGGAGAAGAAGAAGCUUCUGGCUUUAGCCCCAAUCGCUAAGCCCCUUGCUGGCAAAAAACUCUCCAAACGUACCCUUAAACUCGUCCGCAAAGCUGCCGAACACAAAUGUGUAAAGAGAGGAGUCAAGGAGGUUGUCAAGAGCAUCAGACGGGGUAAUAAAGGAGUGUGUGUUAUUGCUGGAAACAUAAACCCAAUUGAUGUGAUAACGCAUGUUCCCGUGCUAUGCGAAGAGGCGGAUAUACCGUAUGUAUAUGUAUCAUCCAAAGAAGAUCUUGCAAAUGCAGGUGCCACCAAGAGGCCGACAUGCUGCAUUCUGGUUCUCCCCAAGCCGACAAAGGGAGAACUUGGAGAGGAAGAUCAGAAAAAGCUGAAAACCGAAUAUGAUGAAGUUGCUUCAGAAAUAACUUCACUUGCCGCUUCUAUGUUCUGAUGACGAUUGUUUGUAGCUUUCCUUGUUUAAUUUAAAUCAUGUACUUCAAUGUAUUGUUAUCAGCAGCCUAAUCACACAAUGAGUUUUUCGUUCCAUUCUACACCAAAGAUUUCUU